AUGGGGCAGCUGCUCGUGGAUAACUCUGUUUUCUGUUUUUCAGCCAUCAAAGUGAACUGCAAUGGAUUCUGUGGCGUCACCAGCAAGGAGAACGACACGGCGUGGGUGCUGGAGGAGCAGUACUUCAACAGCACCGUGUCGGUGGCAGACAAAGGAACCCUGAAACAGGGAGAACACACGUUUCCCUUCAAGUUCCUCAUACCAGAAUCCGCACCAACAUCUUUUGAAGGCAACUUUGGUCGCAUCGUUUACAGAGUGAGAGCUUUUAUCGACACGCCGCGAUUCGCCAAGGACUACAACACGGAGAAAGCCUUCUUCCUCCUGAGACUUCUGAACCUCAACCAAGUGCCGGACAUCUGGGGAACCUGCACGUCUGCCGUGAAGCAGCAGUUCACCUACAUGCUGGUGAAGACGGGCACGGUGGUCCUGAAUGCCCAGUCCGACAAGAAGGGUUACACACCGGGCCAGAUCAUUCAGGUGCUGGUCAACAUCCACAACCAGUCUGGGAAGACCACGGGCAACAUAGCGGCCAGCCUCAUGCAGAGAGUUACCUAUGAGAUGAAGAAGCCCACCCAUGAUGUUAGGACGAUUGCCGAGGUGGAGGGUGGCGUGGUGAAGGCCGGCAAGGAGUCCGAGUGGAAGGAGCAGAUCAUCGUUCCUCCUCUUCCUCAGUCCUCCCUGGCUGGUUGUGAUCUCAUAAAGAUAGAAUAUUACGUCAAAGUCAGUCUGAGGUCUCCAGACGUCAUCCUGAUGCUGCCCAUCCACAUCGGGAACGUCUCUCUGGAUGAGAAGCUCCACCCUUCCAGAAAAGCAGCUCCUCCCUCGGCGGUGGCGGCCGAAGCUCCGCCCGCCGCCUCCUCCUCCUCCACCAGGAGCUCGCCCACGGUUCGUCCUCGCCCCAAACCCGCUCCCCGCCCCAACCCUCGCCCCCGGAUGUCCUCUCACAACUCCCCCAGCGCCCCUCCCGUGGAGCACCACCAGGGGGCCGAGGGCGGGGCUCAGGGCAGCGACGGCUUCCCCAACAAGCGGCGGUCCCAGCUGGUGUCGCCCAACGCCUUCAGCUACGCCCCCGGCCUCUUCUUCUCCCAGAACCAGCAGCACAAUGGACCCGGCCCGGCCCUCAGAGAGCCGGGUCCACGGGGAGCCGCCGCGCCCGACCCCACCGGGCACACCGCGAGCUCGAUGCCCACGCCGCUCAUCCUGCCGCCGGACUACGGCACCUCGGCGUAUCCACAAGAGGCUCCUCCUACUUAUGACGAGAGCUUCAACACAUGACGGGGACGACGAGCCGCCCGGAUGACCUUCAGUCGACCUCCACGACUGUUGGUGUCCCCUGGUGGGACGAGGUUCAUUCGAGUCUCAAGCUUCUCGAAGUGAAAGAGCCCUGGACCUCUCCUCCUCUUCUCUCACAGGGUUAUUCUCUCCAUCAAACAUGGCUGUCCAUUGUUUUUCUAUUUCUUUUUUUUUUAAAUUUAAAACUUUGUGUAAAAGGAAAUUAAAGGGGAAUACGUCACAUUUAAUUUCACUCGGAUGGCAUCUGUGAUGUCAAGUUGUGUGUUUAAAACCUUUCUCAUCUUAAGUCUCAUAUUCUUUAUAUCAGAAGCCAAGGAAGCUGUAUUUAUUAUUAUAAUCGGGGGGAUCGUCUCUUCUUCUUCAUUUAUUGUAAGUUUGAAUAUCAAAGAGUUGGUUUGUUCUGGAAAGUCUUUUUUUAAAUGUCUUUGCAGAGUUUUUAAUGUGACUGUGAUCCAGUUAUUGCUGCGUAUACUUUAGGAGGAACAUAAAUCAUGACUCUAGUCCCGUUGGACCGGCGUGGUGCUGAUGCUGAGCUCUUCUCUGAUUGGUUUAUUUGAUUUCUUAACCAACCUGCAGCAUUUUACUGAUUUCAGGUUUUCUUUGGCCGUUCUCCACGUCGUGCAUUUUAAUCAUAUCGUUUAAAUGUUUCUUAUAUCCGUCAAACAAAACCCAAUGUUGUAUUUAUUUAUUGUUUUGAGUGUUUUCCGCCUGCCGUCUGGAACAUAAUAAAUGUGUAGAAUCAA